UCCGUAUAUCCAACAAGAGCAGAUACUCCCGGAAAAACUGCCAAAAUGGCGGUUAGGGUGACGCUUAUAUUACUUACAGUUACUUACUUCCUUGUCUUCAUAGGAAGCGCCAGUGUUUCCCUUUCAAUAGGGAUCAUACAGAUAAAAUGGAAUGGCUUAUGUUUGCUGUUUGCCUCUGGAAAGUGGGGUUACGAAAAUAAUAUGUGGAUGUUUAGAUUUGUGUCCAAGACAUCUACUCACACACCGUGCAGUUUUGUCUCCAUAAUAUCCGCCUUGAACGCCGUCAAUGCAAUGUUCAUGUUUAUCUAUUGCAUGUAUACCGUGCUAGCGAGGAGCAGACAAGGGCAGGACAUUGUGACCAUGAUACCAGCUGUGUUGAGCGUUUUAAAAACUAUACUGCUAUUGGCAUGUGCAAUAGUUAUCAGCGCAGGACUGGCUGCAUUCUGUAAACAGAUCACCUCCAAACGGAACAUCGCUCCGACGUGCCGCGGCACUCAAACGAAUAUCAAAUGGCUUAACGUGGAUGGAUCUUAUUUCUAUGACAUAACGAACUUCGCCCAGUUUGCAGGCUGGGCUCUGUUCGGAUGCUCUUUGAUAUUAAAUGGGAUUCUUUUCUUCCGACUUCGCCAAGACUUCAAGUCGCCAAGACCAUCUGAUUUGGCUACACUAACAGAAUCUUAAGGCCAGUUUUUGUACCAACCUAUU